GCAGCGGCCCCGGCCCGGCUUCGGCCUCUGCCGGCGCGAUGUCCCCUGGUGCCGCGGGAUGAGCCAGUGACUGGCCCGGGCAUGGCAGACCCAGUGGCAGGCAUUGCCAGCUCGGCAGCCAAGAGUGUGCGACCGUUCAGUUCCAGUGAAGCCUACGUGGAGGCCAUGAAGGAAGACCUGGCCGAGUGGCUCAACGCCCUGUACAGCCUGGGACUGCCUAGCGGUGGGGAUGGCUUCCUGGCUGGGCUGGCCACGGGCACUGCAUUGUGCCAACAUGCCAACGCUGUCACUGAGGCCGCCCGUGCCCUAGCUGCUGCCCGGCCGGCCCGAGGUGUGGCCUUUCAGGCACACAGUGUGGCAGCUGGCUCCUUCAUGGCCCGAGACAACGUGGCCACCUUCAUCGGCUGGUGCCGGGCAGAGCUGGGUGUGCCCGAGGUCCUCAUGUUUGAGACGGAGGACCUGGUGCUGCGGAAGAAUGAGAAGAGCGUGGUGCUGUGUCUCCUGGAGGUGGCCCGACGUGGCGCCCGCCUGGGCCUGCUGGCCCCUCGCCUAGUGCAGUUCGAGCAGGAGAUUGAGCGAGAGCUACGAGCCACACCCCCAGCCCCCAACGCCCCUGCCACUGGCGGGGAGGGCCCUGCAGAGGCUGCCCUUCCAGUGGGGGUUCCCCCCCGGGGUCCCCGCAUGACACCCAGUGACCUGCGCAAUCUGGACGAGCUGGUGAGGGAAAUCCUGGGCCGAUGCACCUGUCCAGACCAGUUCCCUAUGAUCAAGGUCUCCGAGGGGAAGUACCGUGUGGGGGAUUCCAGCCUGCUCAUCUUCGUGCGGGUGCUGAGGAGCCACGUGAUGGUGCGCGUGGGUGGAGGCUGGGACACGCUGGAGCACUACCUGGACAAGCACGACCCGUGCCGCUGCUCCUCCACUGCCCACCGCCCACCUCAGCCCAGAGGGAGAGCCUUCUCUCCCCAGAGGAUGUCGCCUACCCCCAGCCCCCGAGCUGGUAGUCCAGCCCCUGGGGGUGAUCACCGGGGCUCCCGGCCUGAAGUGACCCCUAUUAGCUUACUUAGCGCCAAGGAGGGGCCUGAGACCCCCCUCAGGUCCCGGGAUCAGCUGCCCCCCCACCCCCGCUCCCGCCGCUACUCGGGGGACAGUGAUUCCUCAGCCUCCUCAGCCCAGAGCGGUCCCCUUGGUACCCGAAGUGACGAUGCAGGCACUGGUCCCCGGAAGGAGCGACCCAGUCGGCGACUGACCACAGGGCCCCCAGCCUCCCCAAGGCGCCCCCCUGCCCCUCGAAGCCAGUCCCGAGACCAGCUGGAUCGCGGUCGGCCCAGGGGGACCCCUAGGGGCAGGGGGUCCCAACUGGUAGUCCCCAGCCCUGCCCGCCGGGCACAGAGCCAGAAUCGAGAGGAGCAGGCUGUACUGCUUGUGCGUAGGGACCGAGAUGGGCAGCAUUCCUGGGUGCCGAGGGGCAGGGGUGGCGGGGGCUCCAACAGGGGCAGCCCCCAGACACCUCGGGCCCGAAGCCCUGCAGCCCCUCAGGCUGCCCAGGCUCCCAGCCUGGGCCCGGAGUUGGGCAGCACACCUGCCAGCGUCUUCCGCACACCCCUGCAGCUGGACCCACAGCAGGAGCAGCUGCUGUUCCGGAGCCUGGAGGAGGAGUUCCUAGCCAACGCACGGGCCCUGGAGGCUGCUGCUGGUGGGAACCCCCCUGGCCCUGGCCCUGCACCGGACCCAGCUCCGGCCCUGGAGCCGCUGGCCUCUGACUCAGCCUACUGUUCCUCCAGCUCCUCCUCCUCCUCCCUCAGCGUCCUGGGCAGCAAGUGUGGCCCCCCUGGGGACCUUGUCCGGACAGCCAAUGGGCUGCCCGGGCCCCGAGCCGCAGCCCUGUCCAGCUCUUCCGACGAAGGCAGCCCCUGCCCUGGUGUUGUGGGGCCACCCAGUGCACUGGGAACCUCCCUGGCCUGCCCAGAGCCCUUGAGGACCUGGCCCCGGGGCCGGAUGGACACACAGCCAGACCGGAAGCCCUCCCGAAUUCCUACGCCACAGGGCCCCCGCCGCCUGUCAGGACCCUCAGAGCCUGGGACCUGGCACACACUGCACUCAGUCUGGCCCAGGGCAGAGCCCGAUUCCUGGAUUUGACUGCUCCAGGCCCAAUCCUCCCCACACUUCCUUAGUGGCCUUAACCCCUCUGCGUCAGGGAGCUCCCCCUGCCUCCUGGGCACCAGACCUCACGGGACCAGCCCUCUAGGGACCACAUGGCACAAUGGGACCGACAUUGUACAUUCUGGGUGGAGGGUGAGCAUUGCUAUUUAAUUAUUAAUAUUAUUGAAUGCCUUAGAGGAGGGCCUGGGGCCACACAGCCUCUGACAGUAAAGUUCUGCUGCAGCCA